AUGGAGGAGGGCGUGGGCAGCUCCAUGGAGUCGGUUGGCGGCGGCGGCGGCGGCGGCGGCGGCGAUGGCGGCGGAGGCGGGGCGGAUGGACCGGUGGGGGGCGGGGGCGGCGGCGCCGGGCGGUGUGGCUCGUGGGUGCGGCGGCGCGCGCGCGGCGCCUUCACGCGCAAGCAGCUGUUGCGCCGCCUGCCCGUGCUGUCGUGGCUGCCGCGUUACACGGGUGAUGACGCCGUCGGGGACCUCGUCGCCGGCAUCACUGUCGGCCUCACCGUCAUCCCGCAGGCGCUCGCCUACGCCAGCAUCGCCGGCCUUCCGCCGCAGUAUGGUCUGUACAGUUCCUUCUUCGGCUGCUUCGUUUAUAUCAUCUUCGGGAGCUGCAAAGACGUUCCAAUGGGUCCAUCUGCUAUCAUCUCCUUACUGACAGCUCAAGCGGUCAAUAGCGCGACUUCAUACGAUGCACUGAGGCCUCAAUACGCUGUACUACUUUGUUUUCUUGUGGGCAUUGUUCAAGUUCUAAUGGGCAUUUUAGGUCUUGGCUUCGUGAUCGACUUCAUAUCGGGUCCGGUGUCGUCGGGCUUCACAUCGGCGGCAGCGCUGAUCAUCGUGAGCUCGCAAGUGAAGGAUCUGCUGGGCAUCAAGGCAGACAGCGGUACCUUCGUGGAAGUGUGCAUCUCCAUCUUCAAGAACUUGGGCGAGACAAGCGUCGGCGACGCCUCCCUGGGCUGCGUCUGCAUUGUCGUGCUGUUGCUCAUGCGCCUGCUGGCCAAGGUGCAGUUCGGGCCGCAGAAUGUGGCGCUGCGCUCGCCGCUUCAGCUGUGGGCGACGCGAGUGCUGUGGCUGGUGGGGACCGCACGCAACGCAAUUCUCCUGCUCGCGUGCGGCCUCGUGGGCCAUUGGCUCCACCAUUCCCACCCGGACGCCGUCAUCGUCAUCGGAAACGUGCCGUCUGGACUCCCUGCAUUUAAGGCGCCCGAUUUCUCAAUCUCUGGAAACGACACGGCGGAACCUCCAAUAGAAGCAAUUGGCUUCUUCAGUAUGUUGGGUAACCUCGGCUCUGGAAUUGUCGUUGUGCCUUUGGUCGCCUUGCUGGAAGAUAUUGCUGUCUGCAAAGCUUUCGCGAACGGAAAGGCGGUGGACGCGACGCAGGAGCUGCUGGCGACAGGACUGAGCAACUUCGCCAACUCGUUCGUGCAGGCCUUCCCGGGCACAGGCGCCCUCGCCCGCAGCGCCGUCAACAACUCCAGCGGCGUCCGCACCACCUUCGCAGGCUUCUACACUGGACUACUGGUCAUUCUCUCGCUCUUGUUCUUCACGCCAUAUUUUCAAUUCAUUCCGAAGACAUCUCUUGCUGCAAUUAUCAUUGCUGCAGUCAUAUUCAUGGUGGAAGUUCACGUCGUGGUUCCCAUGUGGAAAACAAAAAAGAGUGAUUUACUCCCAGGAGUGGGUACGUUCAUUGCCUGCUUGGUGCUACCUUUAGAAAUGGGUAUUUUGGUGGGCAUUGGCAUCAACAUCUUGUUUAUUCUGUACCAUGCUGCGCGACCUAAAAUCGCCAUGGAGAACCUUACAACUGCGGGUGGAACGGAAUACCUACAAUUAACGCCUGAUCGCCUCCUCAUCUUUCCAUCCGUGGACUAUGUGAGGAAUUUGGUGACGAAGUACAGUCUGAAGCACAAUUUCCCUGUCGUCAUCGACUGCUCGCAUGUCUACAACGCAGAUUUCACUGCAGCUAAGCCCAGCAUCGUCAACGUGUUCAAAGGCCUCCAACCGCGCGAUUUCACCGUUUUCUACACUGAAUCUGAGCUCGACGACCUCAUCAAAGCUCAUGAGAAGAAAAUUGCAAAGGAAGAAUUGGAAUUGGGAGUCAGCACACUGUGUAAGGAAUCUAUGGCAGUUGUCAGUCAUAUUGUCGCCUCAGGAUGAUGCAACAUCAACUCAUUCAUUGAAUGCAGAUAUUGAAAACUAGAAAAAAUUGAAGAAUAGCAGUAUGCAUUUUCAUGUUUAUUCCUAGAAAUAUGCUAGUGGAGCUUUGUAAAAAUCUACUAUGUGAAGGCAAACGCUCUUGUUUUACCUUGGACCAACAAAGAACUGAAAGUGAGUAGAGAAGCUGUGGUAGCUAAGUAGUCUUUUAGAAUAAGCAAUGGAUUCAUGAAAGAUGAAUCACAUUUUUUCACUUUUUGUACCCUGUCAAUGGAGGAAAUGUUUUAAAAUUCACAUUGAAGUAAUUCAGUUUUAAUGAAAUAUUAUUAUUCAAAGAAUGCUUAGACUUACUUAAUGACAAAAGCAAUACUACCUAAGGUCUUUUUGUGGUAGUUCAUUGUACUAGUGCUACAAAAGCAAUAUAGACUUCAUACAGCACUGCAGUAUUUAUUUCAUGCAACUGUAUAGCAUACAUCACAAAAAAUAUAUACAUCACUCAUUUCUCAUUAUUUAUAAAACACAUACAUCACUAAUUUUGUUCGUAAGACAUAUGUGUUAAUAAAAAGUUAUUUGAUAUCAGUUAGAAGUUUGACAUAUAAAAACAUACAAUUUGCAAACAAUUUGUUUUGAAGAUUGCAACAUGAAAAAAUUUCAUCAUUUCUUAACAGUCUCCAGUAUAAAAGUGGUGAGCAGCUUUACAAGUAAAAUAUUUAUUGUUAAUUGCACUAAGUAAUGUACAUACAUACAUUUACAGGAGUUUGUACAUAAUUUUUCUCUAUUAGUACAGUGUAUAGGAAUGUGCAAUUAAUUCAUGACUCAGAAUACUGGUAGGUACGUUUUCUCACUUUGUGUCAGUACAACGAUGUGUGAUAAUAAAGAAGUAAGAACUAGUAAGUCUGGUACAAAUAAAGCAGAAAUCAAUACUUGAAGAACAGGAUCAUCUUCUUUUCUAUUAUUUGUUCCCUGCAUUCAAUUUAUUUUGUACCAGCAUAUUGAGAUGUCUCUUUUAUUAACUACAGGCUGUCUGGAGGAACUCUCUUCACCACAGUUAACCUUUCUUUGGACAAUCACAAAAUGUACAUAGGAGAAUAAAUACACAUCAGUUUUCCUACUUCACUUUUCAAUACACUAUCUAUAUUAAUUCAUCACAGAUGUUCUAAUAGGAGCUUGGCUCCAGACACAAGCAACAAAUCCAAGACUGCAUUAUACAGUUCCUUUGGAAAAUGCAAAUUCUUCACAGAAGAUGGAGCACAAGUCUUCAAGAACACUAGUCUUCUUUUUUUUCUUCUUCUUCCAAUUCAAUGUCUACCAUUUGUUUCCCGUAAACGAGUGUUCUUAUUCGUGUAGUCUUUAAGAAGGUCACUCAGCUCUGUCUCAUUGUGGCAAUACUUGAACUCCUUGGGCUGUACACCCUUGAAGAUUUCUACAAUGCUAGGUUUGAGAUUAUAAAAGAGAAUGGGCUGGUUUCUCGUCACAAAGUCUUCAAUAAGAGACUUUACACCCUUUGCUGCAGUGAAAUCAGCACCUUGUAUAUGUCUACUGUCUAUAACUACAGGUAUAGAACUUGAUCCCUGUUUGACACCAGCUUUUGAUACUUGAUUCCGCACAUACUCCACUGAUGGGAAUACAAGACUUCGGUCAGGAGUGAUUAAAAGGUAUUCACAUCCUGUGGUAGUCUGAAGUACAUAAAAGUAAUGAUUAUAAAGAUGGACGAAAAAAGUUACAUAUUCUCAGAACAUUAUUUGACCAAAUGAGACAUCCUAUUUCAUCAAAUAAGUUGUUCAUCUUCUAUAUUUUAACAACUUCAUUUAGCAGAAAGCAAAAUCCUCUCAUAAGAUGUUCAAGUCUAAUAAAA